AUGGAUAUUCUUCAACUUUUAGAAAAUGCAAUCUUGAGUCUGGAUCCAACUCAAAGGACUCAGGCCGAAAUUGAGUUGAAUGAGGCAGCAAAUAACCACUUCCAAGAGUACAUUUCGCUAUUGAUUGAAGCCUUAAACAACGAAGAUGCCAAAACUGAAGUGAGAAUGUUGGCUGGUAUCGGCCUCAAGAAUCAAUUGGUUUCCAAGGAUCAAAGAACCAGAUUAGCACAACAAGACCGUUGGUUGAAGCUCGACCCCGAGUUGAAAAAGAAGAUCAAAGAUAAUGCAGUUCAAGGGUUGAAAAUUUCCAAUCAAAAAGUAGCAAGCACCGCUGCUCAAUUGGUGGCAGCCAUUGCUGAUAUAGAAUUGCCAAGAGGCGAAUGGCCAGAAUUGAUACCACUCAUUAUUGAAAACACCAAAAUGGAAAACCCAGAACACGUUAAACGUGCAUCUCAAUUGACGAUUGGGUACAUUUGCGAAAGUGCCGACCCAACAAAUGCCAACAUCUUAUCCCAAGCAUCGGGUAUUUUGAUUGCCAUCAUACAAGGUGUCCAAAGCAAUGAACCAUCCAAUUUGGUGAGGAUAACAGCAUUGAAUGCCCUUGUCAACUCGUUGGAGUUUAUCAAGUACAACUUUGAAACAGAAGGAGAGAGAAACUAUAUUAUGCAAGUUGUUUGCGAGGCCACCCAAGCAGAUGAUUCAGAGUUGCAAGCUAGUGCAUUUGGUUGUCUUGCGAGAAUAAUGUCACUUUACUACAAAUACAUGGCCCUUUACAUGGAAAAGGCAUUGUAUGGAUUGACGGUUUCAGGAAUGCAAAGCGCAGACGAAAAAGUGUCUUGUAUGGCUGUAGAGUUUUGGUCCACUGUUUGUGAAGAAGAGUUGGAAAUUGCAUUGCAGAGACAGGAGUUGGGAUUGGAUCCUUUACAAGACGCUGGAGAUCCCGAUUUAGUAUCAUACAAUUUUGCAUUGAUUGCGUCAGGUGAAGUAUUACCCACUUUGUUGACAUUGCUCACUAGACAAAACGAAGACUUUGAAGAUGAUGAUUGGUCAGUUGCAAUGGCUGCUGGUGCUUGCUUGCAAUUGUAUGCCCAAAACAUUGGCAAUUAUGUCGUGGAUCCAACUAUUCAUUUUGUUAGUUCCAAUAUAACCAACGGCGAUAAUUGGAGAUCAAGAGAAGCCGCGGUUAUGGCGUUUGGCUCUAUUUUGGACGGACCUGAUCACGAACAAUUGAAGAAUAUCAUUGGCGAAGCAUUGACUCCGAUACUUGCAUUGAUCACUGACUCAAGUUUGCAAGUUAAAGAGACCGUAGCGUGGUGUCUUGGUCGGAUCGCUGAUAUGGUUGUUGAUGCAAUCAACCUUCAGACUCAAUUACCUGAAUUAUUGGAAGCCUUGGUCAAAGGUUUAAAGGAUCAUCCAAAAGUUUCGACAAAUUGUUGUUGGACUUUGAUGAACUUGAUUGAACAAUUGUGUUCUGAUACCAACGCUGAAACAAAUGUCAUGUCGCCAUUCUACCCUACCAUAAUUCCAGUAUUGAUGCAGCUCUCUGGUAAAGGCGAUAACGAAUACAGCUCGCGUGCAUCUGCAUAUGAGGCAUUAUCAACCUUUGUCACCUACAGUGCCAAGGAUACCAUGGGAGUUGUUCACGUUAUUGCAACUGAAGUAUUGUCAAGAUUGGAGUCAACCAUUGAAUUGCAGUCACAAGUAACCACUACAGAGGACAAGGGUAAUUUGGAGGAAUUGCAAACUAAUAUAUUGGCAUUAUUGACAACUAUCAUCAGAAAAUUGGGGUCCGAAGUGGCAAAUGCGUCGGACAAUUUGAUGGAGAGAUUUAUCAAAUUGAUCAGUGCACAAGAACCAAAUUCGCUUAUAGAGGAGGAUAUAUUUAUCGCAAUUUCAGCAUUGUCGGGUGCUAUUGGUGACCAAUUCUUAAAGUAUAUGCCAGUAUUCUUGCCUUACUUGACACGAGCAUUGGAAAAUGUUGAUUCUCCCACAGCACUAACUGCUAUUGGGUUGGUUGGCGAUUUAGCUCAAAAUCUCGGGUUACAAAUUAGCGAAUACUUGAAUGGUUUAAUGACCAUUCUUGGGAACACAUUGAACAAUCCUGAUGUCAAGCGUGAACUCAGACCUGCUAUUGUGUCGGCCUUUGGUGACGUUGCAGCUGCUAUUGGGCCCAACUUUGAGCCAUACCUAGAAUAUGUCAUGAACAUAUGUACCGAGGCCGCUUCAAUCGAGCCACAAGACAGCUCGUUGGAAACCAUCGACUACGUAUUCACUGUAAGAGAAUCAGUGCUAGAUUGUUUUGUUGGUAUCACUGCUGGGUUCUCCGACCAACCGGAGAAGUUGUAUCCGGUUGCUGGUGGUAUAUUGCAAUACAUACAAAGAGUUGCCUCGGAUCCACACAUGGCGUCUACUGAGUCAGUUGCCAGAUCAGCUACUGGUUUAUUGGGUGAUAUUGCCGCAAUGUAUCCUCAAGGUCAAUUCAAGCAGUAUUUUGAAGCUGAAUGGGUCACUGAGUUCAUCAAAAAGACUAGAUCCAACCCCUUGUUUGAUGAGAAGACCAAAGAUGCAGCAAGGUGGGCUAGAGACCAACAGAAACGACAACUACUGAUCCCUGCGGUAAUGGGUUAA